UGGUAUCAAUAGAAUCAGCGUUUAAAAGGCUUUUUUAUUUGACAAAGUUGUUCAAAGCAUGGCAUCCACACUUUAAAACAAACUCCAUUUUUCCCCUCAAACCUCCUUGCCCAUAGGGGGCGGUGAUGCCCGUGACUGGAUGUGAAAGCAGACAAUCGUUUCCGGUUUGGAUACCGCGCUUUGAUUAGAUAUGUUCAGUUCGCGCAGUGGUAAAGACUUAACAUUUCUGAUAAAAAUGUUGAAAAGGUUCUUUGGAAGGAGGACAGAUCAACGGCCAUCCUUCUAAAGCCGUAGUUGAACUUCCUAAGAGGCGGAGUACAUGAUGAAUGACAGCUCUAACCAGGAGAGAGCCUCCAGUUUGGACCAAGCAGAACCAGAACCUCCACAAUUCAAAGAGGAACCAGAGGAACUGUGCAUUAAUCAGGAGGAAGAGUCGCUCUGGCUGAAUCAGGAUGCUGAUGUAAAUGCAGAAUUAAAGUCUAAAUGUGAAGAGAAUUUCAGAGAUUGUAAAAGGAUUAUGUUUCAGUUCAAGGAACUGUCACAUUAUCAGUACUGCCUGGGGAUCAGAAAUGCUGAGACAGACUUACACAAAACAGAUGUUCAACAGCAACAUCUGUGUGAGGAUGAGAAUGAAUGGCACCUCCAUAAACGUGAGAGACAUUCCAGUCUGGACCAAGCAGAACCAGAACCUCUACAGAUUAAAGAAGAACCUGAGAAACUCUGCAGUAACCAGGAGGGAGAGCAGCUGCUCCUGAAUCAGGAGACUGAUGUGAAGAUGGAGUUCAAGUCGGAUUUGUUGGAUCAUCAGCAUCACCAGAGGAACAUCACCAUGAUUCCUGUCAUAAAGCUGGAAAGAAUAGAUGUUCAACAGCAACAUCUGUGUGAGGAUGAGAAUGAAUGGCACCUCCAUAAACGGGAGACACAUUCCAGUCUGGACCAAGCAGAACCAGACCCUCUACAGAUUAAAGAAGAACCAGAGGAACUCUGCAGUAACCAGGAGGGAGAGCAGCUGCUCCUGAAUCAGGAGACUGAUGUGAAGAUGGAGUUCAAGUCUGAUUUGUUGGAUCAUCAGCAUCACCAGAUAAAGAUCACCAUGAUUCCUGUAAUAAAGCUGGAAAGAAUAGAUGUUCAACAGCAACAUCUGUGUGAGGAUGAGAAUGAAUGGCACCUCCAUAAACGGGAGAGACAUUCCAGUCUGGACCAAGCAGAACCAGACCCUCUACAGAUUAAAGAAGAACCAGAGGAACUCUGCAGUAACCAGGAGGGAGAGCAGCUGCUCCUGAAUCAGGAGACUGAUGUGAAGAUGGAGUUCAAGUCUGAUUUGUUGGAUCAUCAGCAUCACCAGAGGAACAUCACCAUGAUUCCUGUCAUAAAGCUGGAAAGAAUAGAUGUUCAACAGAAACAUCUGUGUGAGGAUGAGAAUGAAUGGCACCUCCAUAAACAGGAGAGACAUUCUAGUCUGGACCAAGCAGAACCAGAACCUCUACAGAUUAAAGAAGAACCAGAGGAACUCUGCAGUAACCAGGAGGGAGAGCAGCUGCUCCUGAAUCAGGAGACUGAUGUGAAGAUGGAGUUCAAGUCUGAUUUGUUGGAUCAUCAGCAUCACCAGAUAAAGAUCACCAUGAUUCCUGUCAUAAAGCUGGAAAGAAUAGAUGUUCAACAGCAACAUCUGUGUGAGGAUGAGAAUGAAUGGCACCUCCAUAAACGGGAGAGACAUUCCAGUCUGGACCAAGCAGAACCAGACCCUCUACAGAUUAAAGAAGAACCAGAGGAACUCUGCAGUAACCAGGAGGGAGAGCAGCUGCUCCUGAAUCAGGAGACUGAUGUGAAGAUGGAGUUCAAGUCUGAUUUGUUGGAUCAUCAGCAUCACCAGAUAAAGAUCACCAUGAUUCCUGUCAUAAAGCUGGAAAGAAUAGAUGUUCAACAGCAACAUCUGUGUGAGGAUGAGAAUGAAUGGCGCCUCCAUAAACAGGAGAGACAUUCCAGUCUGGACCAAGCAGAACCAGAACCUCUACAGAUUAAAGAAGAACCAGAGGAACUCUGCAGUAACCAGGAGGGAGAGCAGCUGUUCCUGAAUCAGGAGACUGAUGUGAAGAUGGAGUUCAAGUCUGAUUUGUUGGAUCAUCAGCAUCACCAGAUAAAGAUCACCAUGAUUCCUGUGAUAAAGCUGGAAAGAAUAGAUGUUCAACAGCAACAUCUGUGUGAGGAUGAGAAUGAAUGGCACCUCCAUAAAAGGGAGAGACAUUCCAGUCUGGACCAAGCAGAACCAGAAGCUCUACAGAUUAAAGAAGAACCAGAGGAACUCUGCAGUAACCAGGAGGGAGAGCAGCUGUUCCUGAAUCAGGAGACUGAUGUGAAGAUGGAGUUCAAGUCUGAUUUGUUGGAUCAUCAGCAUCACCAGAGGAACAUCACCAUGAUUCCUGUCAUAAAGCUGGAACGAAUAGACCUCUCAGAGAAAAACAUCUGUAAGGAGGAGACUGAUGAUGAGCAGCUUCUCUGGAAACAGGAGAGGAGCUCCAGUCUGGAUGAAGAGGAACCAGAGCUUCCAGUCAUCAAAGAGGAUCAGGAGGAGCAAGUUAUCAGUGAGGAAGGAGAAAAGCUUGAACUUAAGCAGGAGACUGUUGAUUUUAUGGUCACUGAGGAUGAUCAGGAAAAUAUGGACCCCAAACCAGAACCAAAUGGCAAACUCCACAUGAGGACUCACACAGGUGAAAUGCCAUAUUCUUGUAAAGUCUGUAAGAAGGUUUUCGUUUCCUUGAGGAAUUUGACCCAUCACAUGAGAAUUCACACAGGUGAGAGGCCUUUCACUUGUGAUGUAUGUGGAAAAGGUUUCACUAUAAGUAGUUACUUGAAAAUCCACAUGAGAAUUCACACAGGUGAAAGGCCUUAUUCCUGUGACAUUUGUAACAAAGGUUUCGUCAGUUCAGGUGCAUUGACCGGUCACAUGAGAACUCACACAGGCGAAAAGCCUUAUUCUUGUAAAGUUUGUCAAAAAUGUUUUUUUCAAAGUUCUUACUUAAAUAUUCACAUGAGAAUUCACACAGGUGAGAGGCCUUAUUCCUGUGAGAUUUGUAAGAAAGCCUUCAUCUAUGCAAAUAGUUUGACCUAUCACAUGAGAACUCACACAGGUGAAAGGCAUUUUACCUGUGAAAUAUGUCAAAAGGAUUUCAUGCAAAGUAGAGACUUAAAGGCCCACAUGGGGACUCACAAAGAUGAAAGGCCUUAUUCUUGUAAAGUCUGUGAAAAACGUUUUACUCAUAAGUCUUCCUUAAAUGUCCACAUGAGAAUUCACACGGGUGAGACGCCUUUCACUUGUGAAGUAUGUGGAAAAAUUUUUUCUCAAAGGUCUAAAUUAAAAGCCCACACAAGAAGUCACACAGGUGAGAAGCUUUUUUCGUGUGAUAUUUGUAAGAAAGUCUUCGUCUCCUUAAGAAAUUUGACCUGUCACAUGAGAACUCACACAGGCGAAAGGCCUUAUUCUUGUAAAGUCUGUCUAAAACGUUUUACUCAAACUUCUUGUUUAAAUGUUCACAUGAGAAUUCACACAGGUGAGAGGCCUUUCACUUGUAAAGUAUGUGGAAAAAGUUUGAUUAAAAGUAGUGACUUAAAAAUCCACAUGAGAACUCACACAGGUGAAAGGCAUCUUACUUGUAAACUGUGUCAAAAGGGUUUCAGGCAAAGCAGUGCCUUAAAGGCCCAUAUGGGGACUCACACAGGCGAAAGGCCUUAUUCUUGUGAAGUCUGUGAAAAACAGUUUUCUUAUAAGUCUUCCUUAAAUGUUCACAUGAGAAUUCACACAGGUGAGAGGCCUUUCACUUGUGAAGUAUGUGGAAAAAGUUUCACAACAGGUAGUGACUUAAAAGUCCACAUAGAAACUCACACAGCUGAGAAGCCUUUUCCGUGUGACAUUUGUAAGAAAGCUUUUGCCUCCUUGAGAAGUUUUACUUGUCAUAUGAGAACUCACACAAGUUUAAGGCCUUUUACUUGUAAACUAUGUCAAAAGGGUUUCAUGCAAAGUAGAGACUUAAAGAUCCACAUGAGAAUUCACACAGGGGAAAGGCCUUAUUCUUGUGAACUCUGUGAGAAACAGUUUUCUUAUAAGUCUUCCUUAAGUGUCCACAUCAGAACUCACACGGGUGAGAGGCCUUUCACUUGUGAAGUAUGUGGAAAAACCUUUUCUCAAAGGUCUAAAUUAAAAGCCCACAUAAGAACUCACACAGCUGAGAACCCUUUUUCGUGUGAUAUUUGUAAGAAAGUCUUCGUCUCCUUAAGGAAUUUGACCUGUCAUAUGAAAACUCACACAGGCGAGAGGCCUUAUUCUUGUAAAGUUUGUCAAAAAUGUUUUAUUCAACCUUCUCACUUAAAUAUUCACAUGAGAAUUCACACAGGUGAGAGGCCUUAUUCCUGUGACAUUUGUAAGAAAACCUUCAUCCAUGCAAAUAGAUUGACCUGUCACAUGAGAACUCACACAGGUGAAAGGCCUUUUACUUGUGAACUAUGUCAAAAGGGUUUCAUGGACAGCAGAGCCUUAAAGGUCCACAUGAGGACUCACACAGGUGAAAGGCCUUAUUCUUGUAAAGUCUGUGAAAAAAAUUUUGCUCAUAAUUCUUCCUUAAAAGUUCACAUGAGAAUUCACACAGGUGAGAGGCCUUUCACUUGUGAAGUAUGUGGAAAAGGUUUCACUACAGGUAGUGACUUAAAAGCCCACGCAGGAACUCACACAGCUGAGAAGCUUUUUCCGUGUGACAUUUGUAAGAAAGCUUUUGCCUCCUUGAGAAGUUUUACUUGUCAUAUGAGAACUCACACAAGUUUAAGGCAUUUUACCUGUGAAAUAUGUCAAAAGGGUUUCAGGAAAAGUAGAGACUUAAAGAUCCACAUGAGGACUCACACAGGUGAAAAGCCGUAUUCUUGUAAAGUUUGUGAAAAACAGUUUGCUCAAAAUUCCUCCUUACAAGUUCACAUGAGAAUUCACACAGGUGAGAGGCCUUUCACUUGUGAAGUAUGUGGAAAAAGUUUCAUUAGAGGUAGUGACUUAAAAGCCCACAGAGGAACUCACACUACUGAGAAGCUUUUUCUGUGUAAAAUUUGUAAGAAGGUUUUUGCCUCCUUGAGAAAUUUGACCUGUCAUAUGAGAACUCACACAAGUUUAAGGCAUUUUACCUGUGAAAUAUGUCAAAAGGGUUUCAUGGACAGCAGAGCCUUAAAGGUCCACAUGAGGACUCACACAGGUGAAAAGCCGUAUUCUUGUAAAGUUUGUGAAAAACAUUUUGCUCAUAAUUCUUCCUUAAAUGUUCACAUGAGAAUUCACACAGGUGAGAGGCCUUUUACUUGUGAAGUAUGUGGAAAAAGUUUCACUACAGGUAGUGACUUAAAAGUCCACAUAAGAACUCACACAGCUGGGAAGAUUUUUCCGUGUGACAUUUGUAAGAAAGUUUUUGUCUCCUUGAGAAAUGUGACGUGUCACAUGAGAACUCACACAGGUUAAAGGCCUUAUUCUUGUAAAGUUUUUUCAAGAAUGUUUUAAGCGUAGUCGUUCCUUAUGUGCCCACAUGAAAACGCACACAGAGGAAAGGCCACGUUUAGUGAACCAAAACACCUCUGUCACGCUAAUUGUUUAGCUCUCUUGCUAUUCAAGGCACUUUAGCAUUGGGAUUGGGGCCAUCUACACCAGUGUUUUUUAACCAGUGGGCUGCGACACACUAGUGGAAAUGGUCAGGUAUGCGUGGGUAAUUGUCCUCAUUCACUGAUCUAAAAACAUUUUCCAUCUCCAGGAUAUCAGCUCUUUGGUCAUCCAAACAGGCCCCUCAUAAAACACCGAGUAGUUAGGAAUCUGAAAGAUCGUAAAAUACUUUUUUCUUAGUGUUUAUUUGAUUCUAUUAAAUGUUUUUGGAAAACUCCCGCCCCUUUAACUGUCUCCACCAAUCAUUCUUGGAGGCUUGAUCACACGUCAUCCGUCUGACCAAUCAGAAGUGGUUAAAGUCUUCACUUCCUUGUUCAGAUUCGGCUCAUAAAGUUACUUUGUUCCAACAAAAACACUAGCUAAAGCUCAUCUUUAGCGGUGUAGCUGUCCACGGGAUCUGGUAUCAGACCGUGGAACAAGUGAACAAAACAAUGAAGCUCAGAGAAUAGAGUCUGACUGCGUUCGGCGGCUGUUGUACUACAUCUCCCAUGAUGCAUUGUGUUAAAGGGACAGGGUCUCGGCGCACAAUGAGUAUUUAUUGUUAAACGUCUUGAAACCACGACGAACACACAACGAACGGUUUUUAAAUCUUCUAACUUAGCUUUAUGGCAUCUUUUAGAAAAAAAAACAGUUGCUACUUCCACCGUUUUUUAUGGAAGCGAUU